AUGUCUUUCAAAGAGAGUCCCCGUACCCGCAAGCGCAUCCGUCAGUCGACGUUGGGUCUCUCCCCGCAGGGACAGCCCAAGCUGCGGAAGAUCAGUGUCGCUCCAGACGACAACGACCGCGGCGCCUGGGAUCAUCGCAAGGGCCUCAUCACUUUCAUCCCUCACGCGUGGAAGCCCGACGCCAUACGCGCCAAGUAUGGCGAAGACGCGCCCAUAAAAGUCGCCGCUUUCGAUUUGGACAGCACCCUCAUCACCACCAAGACCCGCGCAAAGUUUCCCAAGACCCCGCACGACUGGAAGUUUGUGUUCCAGGGCGUUGCGAACAAGCUCAAUGCGCUCUCCGAUGAAGGCUAUUUGCUCGUCCUUUUUACCAAUCAAGCAGGUGUGGGUAACGGUCGCAUCACCGAUUUGUUUGUCAAGACACGAAUUGCCGCCAUCAUGGCUGACGUCCGUGCCGACAUGGGCGCGUUUGUGGCCACCGGAAAGGAUAACUAUCGCAAGCCUGGCACGGGAAUGUGGGAGGAGUUUGCCCAAUCCAUUGGCGGCCUUCAGUUGAUCGAUCCCACCAAUUCGUUUUACGUUGGUGACGCCGCGGGAAGACCGGCUCGCCCGGGUGGCGACAAAGACUUUUCGGAUAGCGAUUUACGCUUCAGCAUCAACAUCGGGCUUCCUUUUCGCACACCGGAAGAGUACUUUGCGAACAAGAAGAGCGAAGCCGUGUCCGCUUCCAACUUGAAAGGUUUUGAUCCGCGCACCAUCGUGCAAACAGCGUCCGAUGUCACGCUAUUGGAUGGCACUACGGACGUUGAAGCCUUGCUUACCAAGUCGCUUACACCACCAGACGUCGCCAAGGACCUCAUCAUGGGCGGAGCCGCGCCCGACGAGCGUCCUGCCGCACAGACCAUGGUGCUCAUGCACGGCAUGCCUGCGUCUGGCAAGACAUCGUUUGUUCGGCGUCAUCUUCUCUCCCGCGGGUAUAUCUGGAUCAACCAGGACACGAUGCAGACUUUUGCGCGUUGUGCGCGAGCUACGCGGGAAGCACUGGCGAGCGGGUAUAGCGUGGUGAUCGACAACACCAACCCAAAUAAGAAGGCACGAGGGAGGUACAUCGAAAUCGGUAAAGGUUGCAAUCAGGGGCUGAGGAUUUUGGCGCUCUGUAUGAAAACGCCAAAGGACUUGGCGCAGCAUCUCAAUAUUGUAAGAGAAAGGGAGAGCAAGGGGGGAGUGCAGCACAUCCCAGUGGUGGCGUAUCAUAUGUUCUUAAAGAGGGCUUCGCCGCCAGAGUUAGAGGAAGGGAUCGAUCGGAUUGCUGAUAUCAAAUUUCUGCCAUGCUUCUCUUCGGAGAGAGAGCAAUACAUAUUUACAAGACUGACAUGA